AGAAACGCUCUGGCUAUUAUGAUAUUCAGCUCCGUCUUUAACUCUCCUCCCUGUGGACUCACACCUGUUCAGAGCAUCAUCUUUUGUGUUCAAGGCAUCACAGAAACUCCUUAUUCAGCCUCCGCCACACAUGUAUGUUUCCAAAAGAUUGGAAUGGAUGGUUAGGUCCAGAGAGAUUUGGUGACAUGUCCGUCAGUGCCAACACAAGCCUGUCUUCUUUACCUACAUCGCCUCUGCUCUUCAAUGGUUCUACCUCUUCACAUUCUCUGUUCUGGGAGAAGGAAAGUGCCAAUCAUGAAUCUGUGCAGGAAUGGCCGGGGAACAAAACCCAGCUCAUGUCAGACCUCUCUGUUCUUGAGCAGGAAGAGCAGUGCCAUAUGUCUCCUGUCCUCACAACAUGUCUUGUGGUGUGGUACAGUGUUACAAUGGUGCUGGGGUUGGUGGGGAACAUCGGCCUCAUUUGCAUCAUCACCCAUCGCAGAGAGAAAGUCAAUGUCACCAGCAUUUUCAUCUGCAAUCUGUCAUUCUCUGACAUUUUGGUGUGCAUGUUCUGUCUCCCCUUCACUGUCAUUUAUACACUCAUGGACCAUUGGGUGUUUGGAUCUCUGUUGUGCCGUCUGGUGCCAUUCAUCCAGUGCGUAUCUGUGACAGUGUCAGUGCUGUCUUUAGUCUUCAUUGCUCUAGAAAGACAUCAGCUCAUCAUUAACCCAUCUGGAUGGAAACCAAGCAUUCCCCAGGCCUACAUGGUUGUCAUUUUCAUCUGGAUUCUUGCCAGCUUCACAUCCACACCCUUUUUAGCCUUUCAACUGCUCACAAAUGAGCCAUACACCAAUGUAGUCCUGCCACUUCAUCCUCAGCUUUAUCCUCCUGUUUAUCUCAAUGCAUCUCCAACUCAGCUUGUCUCCACUACUUACAAAAACUCAUCUGUGCCUUUAAAUCUCUAUCGCUCUCUCUUCUCUUAUGUCCCCACCUCUCCUCAUAUGGAAGCCUGUGUGGAGCACUGGCCAUCUCACGAACAAAGGGUGGCUUACACCACAUGGCUUCUGCUGUUUCAAUACUGCGGUCCACUCCUGUUGGUGCUGCUCUGCUAUGUCAGAGUUUUUAUUCGCCUUCGCCACCGCAAAGACAUGUUGGACCGUGCCAGGACCCCAGAAAACCAGCGCUUGACCAACAGCCGGCGAAUCAACAUCAUGCUGGUCGCACUCAUAACAGCCUUCGCUCUUUGCUGGCUUCCGCUCACCAUCUUCAACGUGCUGUCCGACUGGAACCUGGAAGCUCUGCCUGUCUGCCAUCACAACCUGCUGUUUUCCCUCUGCCACCUGCUGGCCAUGUCCUCCACCUGCAUCAAUCCCAUUAUUUAUGGCUUCCUCAACUCCAACUUUCGUCAGGAAGUGCGGGAGGUGCUGCUCUACUGCCGUUGUUUCCCACAAGAAGAGGAGUUUGAGCAUUUUCCCAUGUCCACAGUAAACAUGGAAAUGUCUCGCACCUCUGUGCCUCUACAGUGCAGAAGUAAUUCAGUCUGACUUUAGAAAAGUCUUGCCUCUAUAAUAGGAUGUAGUCAGAUAAACUGUCCAGUUUUGGGACUUUGAUUUUCUUUGUUUUAUUAGUGAUUUAAAGUAUAGUGUACUACAGUGUUGUUUUUUCUCGUUCUGUGCAUCCUUAUAAUUAAAUAAGGAAUGUUAAUAGUACAAAACCAUCAGUUUUAAAAGAUUUAGGCUAAUGUGGAAGUAUUAGGUAAAAGUUGCUGUAAAAAAGUAUUGUGACAGACUAUUUGUUUUCAAGUGGACUACUGUGAUAAAGUUGUAGUAUUUUUUGUAUUUAUUACAGUUGUUAUGUAAAAGUGAACAUUUUACAGUGAAGAAUAAAUUAAGUUUGUUCUGUGAUUUUUGUGAAAAAUAAAGAUAACAUAUUGCUUUACAA